ACAUUGUUGUCUUGAAUUCAAAUGAUAGUGAUGGGUAAAAAAAAAUGUUGCUGCAAAUUCGUCACUUUAUCUACGAUGCAAUGAAACAUAUUGUCGAACAACAUGGAACAGCAAGAUAUCGCCUAUUACAUAAUGUGGAAGUUAUCUUUUAUCUUUAUUGGUUAAUACGAAUAUCAAUCAUUGGAUUAAUGUAUCUGGAUUCGGAUCAAUUUCCGUUGUAUGAAUAUGAUUAUGCAUCGGCAUUUGUUUGGAAACAUCGUAAAAUUUGUAAUAAAUUCUUCAUCAUUAUUGCAAUACUUUUGAUCAUGACCGUAUUGCUUGGUAUUCGGACAUUUUAUUUUCAUCAUGUGGAUACCAUCAGUUUUCAAAUUCCAUACGAUUGUAUCGUAUAUAAUACGGAUCAAUAUUAUAAAAGCCAAGAUACGGAUGAAAACAUUGCAAAGAAAUUGUCCCAACGUUUCGAGAAUUAUCAACAACAAUUUGCUCGUAAUCAUCGUUUAUUAUCACAAAUCAUUCCUAUUGCUAAUCGCGUGGUUUCAUUCAAAGUUUGGCGUGAUUCAUGGCUAGAAAUGGAUCGUGUAGAUAGGAAUUUGUUUGAGAAUCAAAAUAAAAUGCAUUUGUUUCCGUACGCAUCAUUCAAAGGUCGUACUUAUAUUCUGCGGUUUGUAAUGAUUGCUGAUGCACUCAGUUAUUUUUCGCAUAUCAUCGGUGCAAUGAUUUUUAUGUAUGGCUUUUAUUUAUGGUUUCCAGAACUUUAUUACUAUGAAAUGGUGCAGAAUUCUUGGCUUCUGAAACUGUCACUAAUAAUCGAAGUAAUUUUAUUUGUACACAAUGCAUUUGUAUCGAUUCAAUGUGCAAUGCUACUAUCAUGGACAAUGUUAUCAUCAUAUCAGGCAUUUCAUAGUGGAUUAAUUGAUUUGAAUCGAAAUUUCAUUUCCAUUCUGAAUGAUUGCCGUUAUAAUGGAAAAUCGAUCGCUGUAAAUGAUAUAAAGAAACUUUUUUUCAUCUAUCGACAACAUAAUAGACUGGCAUAUUAUGUAAUAUUUCCAGAUCAAGAUGCAUGGAGCCAGGCGCUUUGCUAUUAUGCAUUGGUUAGCAUACCAGUCAACGUGACAUUGAUGUGUAUAAUAAUCGUUGAAGAUUUACCUGGACAACUAGAAUCAGUAUAUAUAUUGAUUACAUUAAUACAUGCAAUCACUGGUCUUAUUCCAUUCUUGACCACAGCACAGGUUUCCAGUGCUUUUCAUAAAAUCAAAGAUUAUAUACCCGCUAUGCAAAUCCAAUUGAAUCGUUCGACACAUCUUCGAAUGAAAUUGAAAUAUGAUGAUCUCUAUGAACGUUUGAUGCAUGGUAAAAAAAUUGCUUUCACAUUUGGCUAUCUCGGUGAUCUGACGUAUCGUGGGUUAUUCGAAGCGUUUCUUGGCUACUUUGUCGCUUUCUUUCUCAUCAUUGGUUUCUAUAUGAAAGAACAUCAAGAUCAAGCAAGAAAUUAA